AUGGGUAUGAAUGAUUUAUUCCAACAUAUGUUUACUGAUAGUGAAAUUGCUCAAGCAUAUUCACUGAGCGAGUCAAAAUUUAGAUACAUGACAACAUUUGGACUUGGUCCGUAUUUUUCCAAGAAACUUGUGGAAGACAUAAACAAAUCCACCGCCCAUUCUGUUUUAUUCGAUGAGUCCCUUAAUGAACAUCUCCAGAAUAAACAACUUGAUGUUUAUGUACGCUAUUGGUCUGAUGAAAGCUGGAAGGUAGAUUCUUGAUAUCUUACGUCACUAUUCAUAGGACAUGGUAGAGCUGCUGACCUACUCAAUCACUAUGAAGAUGCUACCAAAGAUCUUGGAGCCAAACAAGACCUGGCACGUUGGUAUGGAUGGUCCUAAUGUAAACCUUGCAUUUGAAAGAGAGUUAAAGAAAUCUUGUGAAGAGAUAGGCCUACCACCCUUGUUGUCGCUGGGAACAUGUGGAUUGCACACUGUUCACAGGGCAUUUCAGACUGAAAAAUUAAUUCAGAAGUACAAAGAAAAAUCCUGUCUUUGGGAUGUCUUAGAAGACUACCACAACAUUGAAAAAACCUCAAAAGCCAAGCAGGGAUUGUCGGUACGUAAAAAAAUGCCGAAUGUACUCACAAUAGUUUAUCUAUCACAUUAUAUUCAUUAUUUAUCUCAUCUUGCACAGGAAGCUCUUGGUCUAUCAUGGAAGGAAUUCCAGUUGCAAAUGAGAUGUUUGGGUCAAAACUUGAAGAAAAAAACCCAUUGGAAAUCAGGGCAAUGGAGAGAUGAGCACUUUACCCCAAAAUGGAUGUUUUGGGAACAGCUUCAAUUUCUCAUACCUACCAUGGAAGCAAGGCAAAGUCCGGACACUUUUAAAUUAAGGUUGAUAAUGACAGUAAUCCGAACAACUUUGCAGAACCAGUUUGUACUAGUGCAAUAA